GUCGUUUUUGAACAUUCUAGCAAUUUUAGUGUACAUAAUUUCAUUCUAGAAUUAAAGCAAAUACCACUUGAGCGAACAGCAUUUGAUUUAUCCCAGCAACAUGGAUAAACCUCAAUUGUUAGAGCACUUACAUGAAUCCGUCAAUUACACUGUCUACGAUACCAAAUGGAUUCCACUGUCAGCCAAGUUCGUGGUGCUCGGCUCUAAGCCCAACAGCCACGGCAUAAUGGACAUCUAUGAACUGAAUGAGGACAAACUGGAGAAGAUCAAGACAGUGGAAAAAAAGGCGGCCUUCAAGUGCGGAUCGUUUGGUGCGGCGAGUCUGAGAAAUCGUCAUUUGGCCAUAGGAGACUUUGAGGGAAGAUUGCAAGUGCUGGACUUGGAACAUCCCGAACUGGCAGUUUAUAAUGUUAAGGCGCACAACACAAUUAUCAAUACUAUCGAUGCCAUAGGCGGCACACAGUUGGAAUGCGGGGCACCAGAAAUCGUGACUGGCAGUCGUGACGGGGCCGUCAGGGUUUGGGAUAUACGCCAGGGCCAAGCACCGGUGGUGGAUAUAUCGCCGGCUCCGCAGAUGGGCGAUGGUGUGAAUACCGACACAAGGCGUGACUGCUGGGCGGUCGCCUUUGGAAACACAUUUAACAACGAGGAACGUAUUGUGGCCGCCGGCUACGACAAUGGCGAUCUCAAGCUGUUUGAUUUACGUGCGCUGGCGGUGCGUUGGGAAACAACUCUAAAGAAUGGCAUUUGUGGGCUGGAAUUUGAUCGCCGCGAUAUUCCCAUGAAUAAGAUGGCUGUGACAACGUUGGAGGGCGGUCUACUCGUCUAUGAUAUGCGCACACAGCAUGCAAUUAAGGGCUUCAGUUAUGUGGAGGAGCGGAAUGCCGGACGCAGUGUAGGAACCAAUGGUGUGAUCAGUGGACCAAAAGCUACUGUCUGGACUGUGCGCCAUGUGCCGCAAAAUCGUGAUAUCUUCAUCACCGGAGGCGGCACCGGCUCCAUACGUCUGUGGCAAUACGAAUAUCCGGAUAAGCGUGUCAUCGACGACACGGAUGGCGGCAAAAUGGGUGUAGCCGGCACACUCGAAAUGCUCAGCGCAGCUACGCUCAGCACACAGCCCGUGCACUGCUACGAUUGGCAUCCUGAUAAGUUGGGCUUGGCCGUAUGUGGGGCUUUCGAUCAGGGCGUUCGUGUGAUAAUAGCUACCAAGCUGAAUUUAUUUUGAUUGCACCUACAAACAUUUUUCACAGAAGCUGUACAAACUUUAAUAAUCUUUCCAAAUAAAUAUGGAGUAUUAAUGUU